UUCAGUUGAGGGCCUUUUGUCUCCGCUCCCCUUUUUUCUUUUUCUUCAUCCUGCAUAUGCAGCCAAGCCAAUUUUACACCGGAUAAGACAGGGAUCAGAAGACGGGAGGGGUUAACCGAAGGAACAAGCUUUGCUUUCGGUUUCCUACACAUUCUGCUCUUGCUUUUACCUCCUGCAGUCGAGAGGGUUGACUUCGGGCAUCUGCACAAAUAAGUCAACGCCACAAUGGGGCCGCCGAUUGAGUUGCGCGACCGAAAUUUGGAUUCCAAGGCCGCCAAUAGCAGCCAGUCUCAAGUCAGUGAUGAGCAGGGACUGGGCCGCGUGGGCAAGAAACAGAUCUUGAAGCGUCGGUUUGGUUUCUUGUCCAUCUUGGGUUUCAGUUGUACGGUUCUGGCAUCCUGGGAGGGUAUUUUGUCGACGUUUACCGUACCAUUUGAGGAUGGAGGUCCUGCUGGAACGGUCUACAGUUUCCUGGUUGUCUGGCUGGGUACGUUUUCGACGUUUCUCACGCUGUCCGAACUUGUUUCGAUGGCCCCUACUUCCGGAGGACAAUAUCACUGGGUAUCGAUGAUGUCCCCGCGAUGGUGCCAGAAGUACCUCAGCUUUCUCACAGGAUGGUUAAUUGUUAUUGGCUGGUUGGGAGCCUUUGCAUCAACCUGCUACCUAAGUGCUUCUCAGAUUCUGGGCUUGGUGGUCCUGAACCAUUCAUCCUAUACCCCGGAGCCCUGGCAAACAAUGCUUCUGUUCUGGGCCAUUGUGGCUUUUGCUGUGUUCGUCAAUGUUAUUACAAGCACCUUGUUGCCCAAGUUCGAGGGUCUUGUCCUGAUCUUGCACGUGUUUGGGUUCUUCGGAAUCAUCAUCCCGUUGGUUUACCUGGGAGAUCACAACUCUGCUUCUGAGGUCUUUGGGCAGUUUGCCAAUGAUGGUGGCUUCCAAACCCAGGGAUUAGCCUUCAUGGUCGGUAUGAUUGGUAACAUGUUUGCCUUUACCGGUGUGGAUGCGGCUGUCCACAUGAGCGAAGAAAUCUACGAUGCAGAGCGCGUUGUUCCGCAGUCAAUCCUCACAUCGGUCCUGAUCAACGGGGCUCUGGGCUUUGGAAUGAUUCUGUCCACAUUGUUUACUAUGACAGACGCCACCGCCGCACUAUCCUCACCCACAGGAUACCCCUACAUGCAAAUCUUCUGCUCCGCCACCAAAUCCCUCGGGGGAUGCACCGUCAUGUCAGCCAUCGUCCCCAUCCUAGUCACUGCCACUGCUGUAGGAUCAUUGGCAUCUUCCUCUCGCAUGGCAUGGUCCUUCGCCCGAGACCGUGGUCUCCCCGGAUGGCAAGUGCUCAGCAGGGUCAACGCUCAAGCCGUCCCGCAAUGGUCCAUUCUCGUCGUAACCAGUGCAGCCGUCCUGCUCGCACUAAUCAUCCUAGGCUCAGCAGCCGUCCUAAAUGACGUCGUCUCUCUCUGCGUCAGCGCCCUCUACUCUUCCUACCUGAUUUCAGCCUUCCUUCUGAUGUGGCAGCGCCUCACUGGCGGUAUUCGCGAACCAUCUGAUGCACCCUCAGACACAGUUGUAAACACGGCAGGUGCGCCUCUUGCCUGGGGCCCCUUCAGAAUGCGUGGCAUAUUGGGUGUUUCAGUGAAUGCCUUUACCAUUGCUUACCUGGUCGUGGGCGUAUUCUUCAGCUUCUGGCCGGAUGAGAUGAAUCCGACGGCUAGUACGAUGAACUGGGCCGUUGUUGGUACCGUGGGUACAAGUCUGAUUAGUACGGUGUAUUAUGUUAUUUGGGCUAGGAAGGAGUAUACGGGACCGGUGGUGGAGAUUAAUCGGGAUUGAGAUGAUAUGAGUUAUGAUAGAUGGAG